GGGCUCUUCGAAACAGGAAAACGAGUGAGAAGGGGAGGGGAAGGAAGGGAGAAGGGGGAAGGGGAGGGGGCCCCGAAAGAAAUAGGAAUAAAUUUUAGUAUAUUUUUUGGGGUGUGCGUGUGUGUGAGUGAGCGGGAGUGUGCGUGCCGGCGCGCGCGCGCCCUUUUGCAAUUCCAAAAUUAAUGGCCAUGAGUUCGUUCUUGAUCAACUCCAACUAUGUGGACCCCAAAUUCCCACCAUGCGAAGAAUAUUCCCAGCACGAUUACCUUCCCAGUCAUUCUCCGGAAUAUUUCGGCGGCCAGAGGCGAGAGGAGAACUCUUUUCAACCCGAGGCGUUGUACCCAGCGCGGUCCGCCUGUAACCAACCAUCCUAUCCUCCAUGUCAGGGCUCUGGGCACCCGGCAUCGGUCCUGUCUCCCAGGAGCCAGCGUGUCCAUGCUCCAGCUGGACUUCAAAACCAUCUCUCCGAAUCAAACCACACUUGCGAAUCCAUCACGCCAAGCCCACCGCCUUCCUGUAGCCAAAACUCUCUCAACCAAAGCCCGUCCUCUUGCAAAGAACCGGUAGUUUAUCCUUGGAUGAAGAAGGUUCAUGUUAGCACGGGUAAGUGAACCUUAAAGUGCCGUUCGCUUUAUACUAACCUGCACCUCAAAGUCUUGUUGGGAAGAAGAAGAAGAGAGAGAGAGAGAGAGAAAAGCUUAUUGCCCCCGUUGUAAAAGAACCAUUCCCCUUGGAGAUUUAUGGUCUCCCUGUUUGCAGAGCGCUAUAAUUACAUCCUCCAUAAAUUUUUAUUGCUCUUCUUGGCCAACUGCCUUUGAAGUCCCUGUUAACAUCCUCCUCCAGUUUCUUUCUUUCCCUUCCUUCCUCCCCACCCCCCCACCCCGUCCUUUAUUCUUUUCUUCCUUUCCUUCCACUGGAGAACGUUCCCCAGGAAAAGUUUGAAGGAGGUACGGGGUCUUUUAUUUUCAUUGUCGGCUUAAAUUGUAUUGAAGUAGAGAGUUUCAGCAAACUUCUACUUUGCCUUUCUCCAAGGCUGGGGGUUGCGGGGGGGUGUUUGUUUUAAGAUGGUCCCUUCAGAGCAACGUUUCAGAGAAGGAUGUCUCGUGGGUUUCAAUGGGAAUGACUUCCCAGAGGGGGAAAAGAAGGUUGCUUGUCUUACGAUCGAGGGGUUUGUUUGUCUUACAUGUGGGGCAAACUUUAUAGAACUUUGAGGUGCACAGGCAACUCCUUCGUACACGUGCAGGAGCCUUAGGCAGCUCGCUAGCUCGAUCCUCAAGACGCUUGAGUCGGUGUAUUUGAAUUUAUGCCUAUUUAGCGACAGCGAUUUGACUGUAUUUAGUUCAACCCAAGCAUUAAGGCUGAACGGAACUGCAGAGCAAGUUGUAGAUCUAUUUCGCACUCAAGACUAAUGCAUUAUAAGGGUUCUGAUACGCAUAUAUGCAUUCGGCCUUCCUUCCGUCUCUUCACAUUUAGUUACCCAAAGGCUAGUAACACUUAGAGGCUGUAAAACGGAGUGCAGGGCUGUUACGUGAUGCUAGGGUUCAUAACUGAAUGCAACCCCCUUCUCGUCUCGCUAUCACUCUCGUCCUUUCUCACCUAACACUGUGAUCUAUCCUCUGGAGUAAUCAGAAUGAUUCCAAUGGGAUUACUCUACACUGCCGUUUAAGCGCAGCUGUUUGAAAGCUUGGAGGACUUAGGCGACCUCUGGACCAGGAGAACAGCCUGGCUUUUAAUAGAUUAGUGGUUGCUUUGUGUUUUUUUAAAAGAGCUGUGUAAGGCUUAACAUAGAUGCAACGAAGCAGGAAGGUAGACGCGAAGAUUUAGGCAGUGAAUGGGGUGCAUUGGGAGACCCUGGGUGAGAGGAAAGGUCAGACAGGGAGACACUCGUUCAAGCGAUCAGAAUCAACCUUGUGUAACCCUCAAAGUUCUAAAAGUAAACUCUGGAUACACCCACAGGAAUGGCUGGCAUUCGGGCAGUCCAAUCCUAUGCCUCUUUACCCAGAGGUAAGCCCCGCUGAGCUCCCCUCCUGUGUGGAUAGAUAUUAGAGACUUACAGUCCCACUGAGUUUGAUGGGACUCAUUCCUAUGAUCGUUUAGAUGGGAGCAAACACGGUUAAGCUCCGUGGGACUUCCUUCCCACGGGUCUCCUUUCCGAGUAGGAGGUAAAUAUCCAGGCUCUUAGAGCGUCGCUGGGGGAGGGGUGUGGUUUGGGGGACUUGUUUUGUAAAGGGUUGUGGCGUCUUCCAGGAGCCUUUUUUUCCAAGAGAAGGUCGUGGUUUCUGUUUCGUUUUAAAGGGGCAGAAGAAGAGUAACGCUCCCCACCAUCUCCUCUCCCCCCCCCAACCCUGCUCCCCUCCCUGUUCCUGCUCUCUUUCUCUCUCCCCUGCCCCACUCCUCCUUUUGUGUUUCUACAUUCAGUCAACCCCAACUACGCGGGAGGGGAGCCGAAGCGUUCCAGAACAGCAUAUACCAGGCAGCAAGUCUUGGAGCUGGAGAAGGAAUUCCACUACAACCGCUACCUCACCCGGAGGCGGAGGGUGGAAAUCGCCCACUCGCUUUGCCUGUCCGAGCGCCAGAUCAAGAUAUGGUUUCAAAACAGGAGGAUGAAAUGGAAAAAAGACCACAAGUUGCCCAAUACUAAGAUCCGUUCCAAUUCUGCAGCCAGCCUCUCGGCGCAAGGCGCGGGAGGAGGUGCCCAGGACCGAACCAAUGGACCAACCCCAAACCCCAGCGCCACCCCGACCACCACCACCCUAUAACUGGCCUUUGAGCGUGGCGGCCCGCGAGUGUGUGUGUGUGCGUGCGUACGUGUGUGUGUGUGCAGAUCUGUGUGCUUAAGAACUGAUGUGUGAAAGGGAGGGAGGCCUGGUAGUUUUCCUGUUCCUGAGGGAGAAACAUGGGGGCGUAUGGGGGGAGGGGACUAGUGGGUGGGUGAACUGGGACCACUAUUUAUACGAGGGGAGAAGAAACAAAGAAGGAUGAGUGGGUUGGGGUUUUUUUGCGGGGGAGGGGGGGUUAGUUCUUUGGCCGGAAAGCAGGGUUGCCGUGUUGGGGGGGGGUAGCUCCUCUGUUCUAUAGGAGAUGGGGUUUUCAGAUUUGGCUAAGAUGGAUCCCUUUUUCAUCCUUAAUCAAGCCAAACUCGGGCCCAUUUGUCAUGUUUACUCUCGCGUACAAACGAAGGACCUUAUGCCAACCAUUAGCGCGACAGCUAGAGUCGUCUUUAAUAAAUGAGGCCCGGUUUCACCUAAGGAGAACUGGACUCUCUCUCUCUCUCUCUCUCUCUCUCUCUCUCUCUCUCUCUCUCUCUCUCCUUUCGAACACCCGCUUCUUCCACCCUACUCACCCCACUAGCCAGAAACCCCAGUUUAAACCCAGCCAUUUACCCACAAGGCGACAGAAAAGUGUUGUUGGCAUCUGCUAAACACAGCUCUAGAUAGGAGAGGGAUUGGAAAGGGGGGGAAAGAAUUCUCACAGCCCUCUAAGGACUUUACUGGAUGAUAAAUAUUGUAAUAUUCCAAGUAAGGAAGGGCAUCAAGCGGCGGCGGGGAGGGGGUGAGAAUCGGGGAAGGACACAAAAUAAAAAAAAGAGGAAGAAGCAAUGUAAUUUAAAGGUGGCAGGGAAGUACUUCAGGUUAAUUAUCUAACCUGGAAGACCUGGAAAGCGGAGAAGGGCAGUGCAUUUCAGUCUAUAAAGUUGAUUAUAGCAUAAGGCCAUCUGGGUUCCAGCAGCCAUGAAAAUGGAACGGGUGGGGCGGGGGGCCGCUUUGUAAAUAAGGAUGCGCCUUCGCUGCCUUCGCUUCAGUUUUUGAAAUGAAUGUGAAGAUAAAGAUGAAUUUUCAGGAAAUUCCCUAGAGAAGUAAGGCGUGAGGAAAGGAAUAUGGGUAUUCUCUGCUCUCGCUUUCUCUCUCUCUCCCCCCCCCCUUUCCAUCUCUCUCUCUCUUGUCCCCCCUCAUUCUCUUCUCUCACCCUUCUCUCUCCUAUACUGUAUAUGACAUUCCGAAAUGGUGUGAUUCCAGAGAACUUGAGGGAGGGGGGGAAUAUAACACUCCCCUCCUUUCGUUCUGUAUAAUUACCUCUUGUUGUUUUGUGUGAUACCCAUAAGAACAUGUAUAUAGCAGCAGCCACGGUGGAAAAACAACAACAACCCCGAAAUAAAGCAUUUAUGGUGAAUACGGUUGUCCGUGUCUUUCAGGGUAUCUGAAAUAGUCGCGACAUUAUUCCUUUGUUCUGAUACUUUUGCAGACCCCUUUUCUAUUCGACCAGGUUUUUAUUGUUGUCAUUUUCCAAGCCUGCACUUCCCUAAUGGAAACAAAAGAUGUUUGACCAUAGGGUAUAUCCUCCUUAACUACAGCUAAG